CAAACUAAGCAAAUCUAUUUAAAAUAUAGUUGCUCAAUAUUCUCUGUUCAUAUUAAUUUGUGUUACCUGAUCCGAAUACUGCAACUGCGGAAGCUACAUGGCUGAUUUAAGAGAUGUCCGUGGAAAUCCGGUUCAACUAACAGAUGAACAUGGAAACCCGAUUCAUGAAGUAAUUGAUGAAAAUGGUAACCCGAUUUACAUCACUGGUUUAACCACCUUCAAACCUCUUACCCGGCUCGGUGAUGUUGAAGCAGAAGAGCCAGGGCAGGUGGCAUCUAUUGGUAAUUUGGCUGAUACUACAGACGACGACGAUCGGACCACCAGAGCUGCCGGUGCCGACGAUGGUUCUAAGGAGGUUCAGAGGUCUACUAGUUCAAGCUCUAGCUCGUCGUCUGAGGACGACGGGGAAGGAGGGAGAAGGAAGAAGAAAGGAUUGAAAGAGAAGAUAAAAGAGAAAUUUACAGGAGCAAAGCACAAGGAUGAGCAUGGCCAUGCCGGAAACACCACCGGAGAACACCAUGAGAAAAAGAGUAUGAUGGAGAAGAUCAAGGAAAAAUUGCCUGGCCACCAUAACCACUAAGAAUUA